AUGCCAGAGGAUGUACCCGAUCGUACGAUAGGUGGUUGUCGACGAGCAAAUUCAACUGUAUGUUCAUUUCAGUUUGAUGAUCCAUGUUCUGAUGGUGUACGUUGUUCAGUUACUACAGUACAAGACUUUGCAACUGCUGAUCGAUUCGCCGAAGAUGUAGCCGAUAAAUUAAAUCAAACUUAUGGUAUUAUACCAUUUCUCGUUGUCGCCAAAUGGAAUCGAAAGAAGAUUGAUUUUAAUCGAGAAAUGAGUGAAGCAACUUUCAAUCAUCCGGAAGCGAUUAAAUCAUAUCGUAGUUAUCAUGAUUAUUUAGAAGAAGCCAUUGCUACAAUUGAGAGAAAAUUUCAUGGUCAAGGUUUACUUCUCGAUGUUCAUCAACAUGCACAAGGAAAUUAUACAAUGGUCGGAACUCUGCUAACUGGAGCUCAACUCAAUCGUGGCGAAUUAUCUUCGACUUCGAUCGAAUUACUUAUUCGGUCAUCUUGUUCUCAGAAUCGGAGCGAAUGUAUUCGAGGUUCAAAAGCAUUUGGUACUUUUCUGGAAUCAAACGAACUCGAAUUAGUUGUUAAUGAAAUGAAAUAUGAUGAACAGACAAGUGAAGUUUUAUUUGAAUCAUCAAAAAUUUAA